GAGCUCUAUUCUGGAGGUAUAACUAAACUAUUUGAUAACAUUUGGACUUGAAGUUGGAUCUUGAAUAUUCCAGGAUAUUGUUAUCAAAGACCAACUCUGGAAGAGUGAAAUUAAUACUUACGUACAACGUAUAAUGGGUAGUGAUUGGGUUACCGUUCGGCACACAUCAACAGCAUUACGAUAAAAACUAACUCGGAUCAUUCAAAUAUUUGUAAUCACCCACGAUUACUACCACGACCGAUCAUAUCCAGUUCCCACUCAUCUUCAGACGAAUGAAGUAAGAUCUCGAGCAUAGUGCGAAAAUGAAGGGUGCAAUAGUGUUGGGUGGAUUGGUACGCGGGAUAUGAGCAGCUUGUCAAGCGCAACCUGACUCUGCUCCCACAUCAGCAAACCGCCCAGCAACCGCUACCCCAACAGCAGCAGCCGCAGCAGCUGCAGCUUGCUCAUCCGCAACACUCGGACAUCAUGACAUCGAUGUUUGAACAGCAAAUUAAAAGCGAGCCAAUGGGAUUUUACUCGGUAGCCUCGAGUCGCUCUGAUGGUUCCAACUCAAUGGUAAACUUGUCAGAUGAACGAGAAGAUCUGUCGCAGCAAGAGGGUCACCUCCAGCCGCAGCAGCAGCAAACGCUGCAGCAAACGCUGCAACAACAUCAACAGCAGCAAGGCCAACAAGGGCAACAAAACCAACAAGGUCAAGUCGUCCAACAGUCGGCUCCAAGUCGUCAAUCGACGGGGCAACAGACUGUGAAGGAAGGGUCACGUUCUAAACCGCAAGCCUGUAAGGUCUGUGGAAAAGUCUUAUCUUCAGCCUCGUCGUACUACGUUCACAUGAAGCUACAUUCGGGAAAUAAACCGUAUCAUUGUACAGUCUGCGAGGCGAGUUUUUGUCGCAAACCAUAUUUAGAAGUUCACAUGCGAACCCAUACCGGCGAAAGACCAUUUCAAUGUGAAUUGUGCCUGAAACGAUUCACCCAAAAAAGCAGCUUGAAUACCCAUAAGCGGGUUCACACGGGGGAGCGGCCAUACGCCUGCGAUAUCUGCCAGAAACGUUUUGCAGUCAAGAGUUAUGUAACUGCCCAUCGUUGGAGUCACGUUGCAGAAAAACCUUUGAUCUGCGAUCGAUGUUCGCUCACAUUUACAUCAAAGAGCCAAUUUGCUAUUCAUAUUCGUACGCAUACUGCCAGUACUACGUACGAAUGCAACAUAUGCGGCCGCACGUUCGUCCGCGAUAGCUAUCUUAUUCGGCAUCAGAAUAGAGUUCACCGCGAUAUGAAUCAGGGCAGCUCAAACCACAAUCCAACGACUCCCCAGAGUACCGGUGGCGGAGGGACAGGAGCUGGAUUUGAAAGUCCCGUAUGCGAUUUGCGUUACAGCGAAGGUCCUUCUUCUCUGGAUGGACUAGGGGGUGCAAAGGGUGGCAUCGCUGCUGAAAUUGCAAGCCUAACGAAACAAAAUAGCUUACAGCUACCUCUUCCUUUACUUCAUCCGCAGACAACCAACUAGUGUUUAGAUAUCAGCGCGUCUCAGCCCUUGCAAUUGCAGCAACCUCCGCAGCAAGUAGCGUGUUCUGCCUCGGCUUGUACGCCGUUUACACUUAACCCGCCACUGUCGCACGAGCACACCACACCACAGAGUGUCUACCAAACUACGGGCUUUUCUCCCAUGGAUACCGCGAGUUCUCGCUUUUAUUCCCAUAUUCCCUUACCGCCUUCGGAAUCGCAUCAUCAUACACAUUCGCAUCAGCUCCACCGGUCCAUUCCCCCACCAGGUCUUCAUCCUGCGCUUUAUCUCUAUGCCCAAUACAGCAAUACCAGCGCUUCUCUGGCAUAUCCUGAAUACACUCAGCCCAGCAAUUAAAAUUGAGUUUAUGCUAGCAUUGCACUCAAUUGUAACGAUGACAGUUGACCCAGAUCAGGCUCUCAAAAAUAAUACUUUAUUCAAUGAAUAUAUCUGGCAACCUCUAUUUCUAAUUUUAUUAUUUCAAAUUUUAUCAACUCAACAAUUGAUGCUUGCGAUUAGACACAGGCUAUGCAAAAUCAGCUAUCAAUUUUUGAAGAUUAUUUUUAUCUCCUUAUAAAUUCAAACAAAGGGUAACGUGUAAAUAAAAAGUAGUCAUUUUUCUAAUAUCAUAUGAUGAGAUCUAUAAAUAAGGCCUUAAUCUAAUACUUGUUAACGUUUUAAGAAUUUUUUCACAUUUUAUUUUCAAAUAACCUUUGUUCAAAGUCGAAUCGAUAUUACACAAAAUUCGAAAAAUAAAACCCGAUUUCAAAUAAAAUAUUUCAUCAGCUACGCUCUUCUAACUUUGGGUUUGCUAUUAAAUGUAAGGUAUUUUAAAAAGUUCCUCCGAUUCGUUUUGAACUGCAAAAUUUUUUGACGCUUCUAUUUUUUAUUUUACACAUUAUAAUUAGUUUUGGAGCAAUGCGGUAGCAAUUUUAUAGUCAAGAUUAAAAGUAUAGGAAAAGUUUCUGUGUUAUGUAAUAUUUUAGAUCGAGAUGAGAAAAAAUAAGAAAAACUUAUCAAAUGGUUGGUUACUUUCGUUAUUUGUUAAAAAAUUGCAGAUAUUUGGCAAAUUUUCUAGCAUCUUGUUAGAACAGACUUAGAACCUCGUGACAUUUUUCAGGAACGAUUGUAAAAACUUUCGACUUAAAUAAUAUAGCGGUAGUAAAAGUAGUAUAUAUACCUAUGUAUAUGUAUAAUGUGGCAAUAUAUAUAUCAGUCAACUGAUUUUAAUAAUUAGUUAGUCUCUUGGAAUUAUGUCGUGAAGUGCAACUGAUUUUGGCCACUAAUAAUGACGUUGAAAAAUUCGUACAUAUUCUUCAUAUUAUUUUACAUAUUCAUCGUAACUCCAACAUAUUUUAAAACUGGUAUCUCAGAAUGCUAGAUUUGUUCUGUAAAAAAAAAUUGUCCGAUAUUUCAGUUCCUAUGAAAUUAAUUUUCGACAAAAAGUGAAUAGAUGAAAAUCAAUAUCACGCUUUAUAAAUAAUGAUGAUGAUUAUAAUAAUACUGACAGCAACGGUCGAUAAUUAAGUAUUAAAGUAUGUAAGCACGCUUGAGUAAUAUCAAUCAAUAAAAAUCAAGCUAAAAAUGAUCAUAUUGGAUUUUUUUUUAAACAUCUGUCCAUUUCAAAGGAAUAAUAAUAUUAUGACUAUAGUAUUUUUGAGCCUGUUCAAUGCUAUGGGGUCGAUAGAUGAAUGUCGAAGAGUACAAUUUUUCAUAAUCAGCUGACUAUUCAUCGAGGAGUUAAUCAAUGCUGGCAUAAACUAACUCAAAAUCGCUACCACUCGUUUCCAUAAUUUUGGCAUGCUCUUUUUAUUUUACUUUUUAUGUACCACAUCUGCAACCACAUAAAUAAACAAUCAUCACACAUAUUUAUAUUAUAUUCUUAAAGAGUUUUAGUCACUUGAAUCUGUGAUAUAGAUAGUAAUUAUUGUCUACAAGAUUUAAACAUUGGUUCACUAUUUUAAUGUCAGAACAAAAAAAUCAACGUCAUGGAGCGGUGUAGCUAAACAAGGGAGUAAACAAAUGUUGGCCUCUACCGAAGGUGUUUGGUAGACACCCUACUACUUACCAUUAAAAACACAAAAAUGAACACAUGUUUAUUUAGCAGCAUACUUGACACUUCUAUAUUAGUAGGGCUGAUGAACACGGAGAAGUCAUGGUUUCUUUAGCUUCAAAAAUGCUCCAUGGGCUCUUUUUGUACACUACACCAUCGAUUGGGUUCAGAUGAUCUUUUCUACUGAAAAAUAUUAUACCUAUGAGGAGAUACAACAGAACCGUUUUAUCCUGUUCCAUAGGCAUACUUACUUUCUACAUAUCGAAGCUUGUAAAGAAAUAAUGUAUAUAAAAUCCAAUUAACAAGAAUGUGUAAUGACAGGGCUGUUAAUUUCAACACUAUUAGGCUUACAAUUAGUUUAAACUGACACGGCUUAAAACCAGCAGAGGAGCCAUGACAAUCGCGAUGAUGCCCAUAAAUAAAUAAUAAUCGCGGUUAAUUGGGUAGUGAGUUGGUACAAUAACUUGUUACUAUUUAUUCAUAAGUAAUUUGAGUAACUAUGAAAAUUUGUAUUAGCGUGCCUCGAACAAUUAGGUCUGUUUCGGCAAUUUAGUUGCAAACUGCGUGCGUAUGGCCAAGGCUUUCAAUUCCAUAAGAGAUGGAGUCAUCUGGCAAGACUGAUUACUUUACAGGAUCAUAAAAUUUGACAAAGAGAAAAAAAAGAGUUUGAAUUAUAAAUGUAAAACGAAGAUAAUGAUCUUUAUAUUGGCUAGUCAAUGUGUGCAGCUCUAUAAGACAAAGUACUACUAAGCUGUGAUUAAAGCCUACAAGGACAUGCCCACGCAGCCCCUAGCUAGUGAUAUACAUUAUAAUCUAUUAUUAAUAACGUAGCUAGUAGACCUACCUAAAUUUUCACAUUAAUUGGUCGGAUCUGAUGACGAUGUUUUAGGUAGCACUUACCUAAUUACAUGUAAAAACACAUGAAUUGUUGAUGGAAAUUAUUUGGUAAAUGAUCAUCUUAAUAAUAUCUAUAGGAAUCUUUAUUCUGGCAAAUAUCAAAAUAACAUGUAUUUUUAAUAAAAGAAAAAAAAGAAUAUUGAAAGAUGAUUAGGUCCCUUUCUUAUAAAGAGUACACGGACCAAGAAAUUUUCAAAAGCUUUUAAAGCUGCGUCUGAAGAUCAAGAUUAGUUUUUGGAGAUUUUUUUGAUGAAAGAACAACUAUUUAUUUUUAACUAAUUGCAUUGCAAAAUAUAAGUAUUUUAUUUAAAAUAAUUUUCUUUUUUUUUAGUAUCUUUUAAGUCGGUGUAAGCUUUUAAAUUAUCAUAGAAAAAAAGAGAGAGUAACUGUGGCAAACUAUGAAACUUUCCAGCCUUGAAAGCCAAGCUUCUCAGUAGUUUGCGUACGAAAUGAAAUGAGAUGUUCACGAAAUUUUAUUCAAUGUGAUACAUAUUCGAAUGGCGGCACAACACAAGCCUAAGGCACUAGGAUACUAAAACAUGUAACAGCUAUUUUUGUUGUUUUUUUUUUUUGUCAUGAGCAAAGUUUGAGGAGGCAUCGUAUGUUAUAAAAUUAUAAGACAAGAAAAUUUCCAACACGAUACCUCAGACUAUCAUCUCAAAGUUGAGAUACUUUUUAACUUGAAACUCUCCGGAGUCAGAGAUAAUAUACUUUCUAUUUGACUCUUGUACAGAAAUUUUUUUAAUUAAUAAUCCUCAAAACUUUCAGCUAACACAAUUUAAUUCUAUAGCUUAAUAGUUGAUACCAAAUAAAUGAUACAACUAUACUAGACAAUAUUUUUAUUACAAACAGAAACUUUCAUAUCAGUUUGUAGAAUUGGUCUCUAACUGCAUCUUAAUAGAAGAAAUAAAUCAAAUUCAAGUAGAUAAAGUAAACGUAUAAAACGAUUGUGUACGUCCUCCUGGAACUUGAGAUGAAAUGGCUGUUACCUCUGCCUUGUAUGCAGUGCCAUGCAGCGGUGUAUGCACAGUGACCACUCAUCAGAUGUCCAUGAAUUAAUAUACUUCCUGGCAGAAAAGCCUUGUCUCCCAAAACAAAUUGGAUAUAACAUACAUAUAACUAAUAUUAGGAUACACUAGCAAUUGGAAGUUCUACUCACCCUUAAAAACAGUAAAAACGCGCAACUAUCCCAGCUGCAUUGUAACUAAGUGAAAGUAAAGAGACGGAUACUAGAUGCCAUCCAGAUAAAGAGAUACACUUGGAGCCGUUUUUUUGCAGGCAAAUUCUGUGUGCAAAUUUAAUUGAAGCACAUAAGAAUAAUUUUGUAGCAAAGAAAGAAAUGGAAAAAAAAAUAAUUAAAUAAAUAAAUAAACACUACCAGGAUAGAUAAAUAGAAUUAGUUGCGUCGCUCGAUGUUGUGCGUGUACUAUUUUGCUUCUUUAACAGAGUACAAUGCCAUUUAUUUUUGUAAUAUGUUUACGUAGCAUAGUUGUUAUUUUUAUAGAGCUUUACCAUGCUUACCGUAAGAUUUAUGUAGGCCUGCAUAGAGUAGAUAAUAUGUUACGAGCCAGGGUGCCAUGAGCUUGCAUACCCUCGAGCGACGCUGCAACGGAUGAACAAAACGACAACAUCAACCAGCCGCAGUAUCAUAUAUAUGUAUAUAAAUAUACAUAAUUAAUAACCAAUCUAUAAUUAUAACUAAUAAAAAAAGAAAAAAGAAAGAAAAUGGAAAAAAAAACAAAUAGUACCAUAUUAAAAGUAUCUAAUUAAUAAUUUACCUAAAUAAUAAUGACAAUGAGUAAGUAGAUAGGUAACAUAACUGAUAACAAUUAUCAAUAAGAAUCGAGUACAUUUUAUAUAGCAGUAAAGUGAUGCUUGAAAAUAGUUUCACAGUACAUAUCCUGGCUAACAAAUCCUUACGUACAUACUGCAUAGAUAUAUAUGUAUGUAUCUGGGCCGAUAUUUACAUAUUAUAUAAAUAGGUAUUUCAUGUGUAAACAAUAACAUUGAAUAUUAUUAUUAUGAUUAUUAUUAUACAUUAUGAUAGGUACGCAUUGUAACAAUGGUACAACUAAGGCAAGUAUGUACUGUAUAUAGCUGUCACUCGCUCCUUACCCACCAUAAUGAAUACUAUACAUACACCCCUUAUAUGAUAAUACAUUAACCAUUGUUGUACUAAUUAUCAAUUAUUAUGAUUAUUACAUUAUUACAAUAUAAUAAUAUUACAUAUACUUUUACUUAGACAGCUAAGCUUACUAUUACGAAAGUACCCUCACUUUUAGCAAAUUGAGCCAAAAGAUUAACAAGAAAAAAAAUUAAAACAAAAACAAGACAAAAUGGAAAAAAGAUUCAGAGAAGAACACAAAUUUCUACUCUUCAAAUUGGAUUCUACCUCAAUUUCACAAUAAUACCAAAUUGGAUCCUCAUAUUUAAAAGUUUAGGACUAAAUGGAAAAAAACAUUAUUUUCGAGAAAGAGCAAAAUGUUGGCCUGCAGCGACCUCAUCCUGUGAUAAUUAUACAGAAUAUUAUUUAAUCUAAGAUUUCUUGUUUUAAGUAGAAAGUGUAGAAGAGUUUUUACAACCGGGUGCAGUUAGUCAAUUUUCUCAGGAUCUGUUCUGUGAAUUAUUUUAAUACUCUACUUUUAUCUCUGACUCCAGAGCUAAAAAGCAAAAGAAAAAAGAUAAUGUAAUAAAAUUGGUGAAUGUCAAAAAGAAUGUGUCAAUAAUUGACUUACGAAAACAGCUUCAUGAUUCGAACGCACAAAAGACAACCAAUUUCAUGCAACGCUUUGUACUAUUCAUUUGAGUAGCGACAUGUUUCACGGAGUAGGUGUUUAGCAUGAUGUAAAAGAUAUUUGCCAUGUUCAGUUUGCAAAACAGAUCAGGAGAUGAAAUUGUUUUUUUUUUCUUCAUUUUCAUGCAUACUUCCCAAUUUACCAUCGAAAAUUGUAUUGCAUUGUGCUACGCAGGAAAGCAAAUGUGCACAGAUAUUGGGGCAAGGGCUGCCAUAAGUUGGGUCGUGUCUUGGGAAAGUAAAUUGCACAUGUAAUUUCUUUUUAUCUCUCAAUGCUAAUUCUGAGCAGUAUAGUUGCGUGUUGAUUAAUUUCUUCCAACUCUAAGUUCUGAGAAUCUAGAUUUUUCAUAUAAAUAGAGCAUGAAAAGGUAGAUAUAAACCAUAGUUUCAAUUUCAUGGUUCUUUGGGAAACUGAAAACUUCAACUUAUUUUGCAUGCCUUGUUUUGAUAUCAUCUGUAUGGAGUCACUGUACAUGGAAGAUUUCCCACAAAAAAAAUUGUUGUAUGUUGUACAAAACACUGGAGCCAAUCCAAUUAAUGUGAAACAUUGAGAAUAAAAAAAAAAAUGAAGUCAAUAACCUUGGCUUUGUAAAUUUGUUAAGUAAAAUAUACCAACAUUUUGCCAAUAAACACAUUUCUAUUGUGGGGGGUCUUCAUCGAUACUACCUUGGCAAGGGCAGAUAAUCUGAUACUAGAAGAAUUUAUGUGAGGAUAUCGAAUGAAUAGCUUAGCUAUACAAAGCCUGGUAGGCCUGAUAUUUUCAGUAUAUUACAUUGUGAUGUUAGGAUAAGCUGUGGAUCUAGGUUGGAGAGUUACACUGGGGCCGCUGUAGUAGGAGCAAAGCUAGUGUGAGGGGUAACUUUCACAAUUUUCACUAGGCCACCUAAAUCAUAAACUGAUAUAAGUAUAUUGAAAAAUAAUUAAAAAUAAAAAAAAAGAACAAAAAUAGUUGCAUAAUUGUCUCUGGAAGUUAAAAGUCCAAGCGAAAAUGUAAAUUGUGAUCAGCGAGCAAGCUACAGUGUAGUUUGCUUGGAAAAUCUUGAAUGAAGGGAACGUAAUAAAGUAGACAUCCAUAGACAAAAAA